UAUAAGUAUAGUAAAUAGUUAAUAAUUGUAAGGAUAUAUUAUAUAAUAUAUGUACAUGUGUGUGUUUCCAUAUUUAUUAAAAGUAUUGUUUUGUGCGUGUAAGUGUUAAAAUAAAUACCAGAAAAUUCUUUUCUUAUACCGCAUAUGAACAUUUGUUUUUUUUUUCUUAAUUUUUUUUUUUUUUUUGGAAAAAAUCAAUUCUUAAAAGAAAAACGAAUUUAAAUAAAUUUAUUUUUUUUUAAUUCAAAUAUAUAGAAUAAUAUAAGAACAUAGUAAAUAGUAAUUUAUAAUUAAUAAAUAUUAUGAAGAAAAACUGAUACAUACGGAUCAAUCUUUUUAUUCAAAAGCUGUGCUGUUCAGAUGGUGCGUUGCUUGAUCUUUUGUGUACAUGCAUUUUGGGACGAUUAGAACAUUUCUUUUAGUACAGAAUUAUAUUCGGAACAAAAUAUGAAGAUCAAUGCAAAAAUGGCUACUCCGAUUGAGGAAAAAGUGGACCAAAAUUUGAAGGUGCGAACCGGAAUGGUAACGGUCAGUGAUGGUAAAAGUAAACCGGAGCCGGUACGCUUACAUCUAACAAUGGAGCUACUAGUUUUACAAAAAUUAGAAAUCGUUACACCAACUAGUACGUCAACUGGACCGCCAACAGAAUCAAAGGAACGGAUGGUGCAAAUUACUCGACAGAAAGUUGGUGGAUUAGGUUUAAGUAUAAAGGGUGGUGCCGAACAUAAGCUGCCAAUAUUAAUUUCAAGAAUAUAUAAAGAUCAAGCUGCCGAUGUAACUGGCCAAUUAUUCGUUGGUGAUGCAAUUAUUAAAGUUAAUGGUGAAUACAUAACUGCAUGUCCCCAUGAUGAUGCUGUUAAUAUAUUACGCAAUGCUGGUGAUAUUGUCGUUCUUACCGUUAAACAUUAUAGAGCUGCUACUCCAUUUUUACAAAAACAAUUAUCAAAAGAAACCCCAGAUUCAGAUAAUGAUGCAACUUGUGCUGAAUUAAAAGCUGACGAAGGUUUUAAAUCUUCAGUCAAUAACGGAACCAGUGGUAGUGGCAGUCGUCCCAUCUCCAUUUGUUCUGAAGGUGAAAAGAAAUGGGUGGAUAUUAAAUCAGUACCACUAAUGAUGGCCUAUGUAACACGAUACAUAUAUGGUACGGAUAAGCUUAGACCAAAUGCAUUUGAAGUUCGUGGUUUAAAUGGUGUAUCAACGGGCAUUAUACAUUGUGAUGAUUUAGCAAUAUUAAGUCAAUGGCUCAAAUUAAUAACAGAUAAUGUAGUUGGAUUAACACAUUUACAAAUGAAAUUAUACAAUAGAAAUUUCGCAGUGGGUGAACGUAUCGAAUACAUGGGUUGGGUAAACGAAGGUGUAAUUAACAACAACAUAUCAUGGCAAAGCUAUAAACCUAGGUUUUUAAUUCUUAAAGGAACUGAAGUAAUGCUCUUUGAAUCACCACCGUUAAAUGUAGCUGGUUUAUCGAAGGCGUUAGUAACAUAUAAAGUUUAUCAAACAAUGUUCCGUGUUGUUAAGGAAUCUGAAACAGUUGAUUCAAGACAACACUGUUUUUUAUUGCAAAGUUCUGGACAUGAACCACGUUACUUGAGCGUUGAAACCAGGCAAGAAUUAUUAAGAAUUGAAAAUAGUUGGAAUGCUGCAAUUGUAACUAGUGUGAUAAAACUUGGUCGAAAAACAUUUGCUGUAUCGCAUCAUGGUAAAAGUGGUGGUCUUACAUUGGAUUGGCAAUCAGGUUUUUCAUUAGCAGAAGGUGCUGAUGCCAGUAUAGCAUGGCAAUAUAAAUUUUCACAAUUACGAGGUUCCAGUGAUGAUGGAAAAUCUAAAUUAAAAUUACAUUUUCAGGAUCACGAAACCCGAGCUAUAGAAACAAAGGAACUAGAAUGUCAAGUGCUGCAAAGUUUGCUAUUUUGUAUGCAUGCAUUUUUGACAGCUAAAGUUGCUUCUGUCGAUCCAGCAUUUUUGAGUUCUAUUCAACAGUCUUAAUUAUUCUUAUUAUAUAAAUUAUAAAUUAUAUUUAUUAUAUAUAUAUAUAUAUGUAGUAAUAUAUUUAAUAUAAAAAAAAAAACUGAUUACUAUAAUGACUAAAAAAAAUUAAAAAAUUGGUAAUGUAUUUAUGCUUUUUUUACAAAAAAAUUAAAAAAAAAAAAAAAACAAAAAAAAAUCAAAUUAAAACCAAAUAAUUAUGAUAUUAUUAAAACUGCAGAAAAAUGUCAACUAUGUAUGUAUAAUAUUUAUUAUUAAAUAUAGUAGGAUAAUUUAAAUUGAAAUUAAUUCACAAAAACAAAACAAAUUUAAAAAAUUUAAAUAAUAAACACAAAAAAAUAGGACGAAAAUAAGAGAAAUAUAAUAAAUUUGAAAAAAUUUGAAAGAAAAUUUCUAGAAUAUUUUAUAAUUCAAAACAAGAAAUACGUUUAAUUAUAAUCAAAACUUAUGAACUUAUUUGACAGUUCUUAGUCAGUCUAAGAUAUCUCAUAUGACAGUUACCUCGUUUACAUGACAGCUUGAGUACUUGACUUCAAAUCAUUUCGAAACUCAAACUUGGUUUUUACUAUGUCAAAUUGAAAGUCCUAAAAUGAAGUUUGGCUAUUAUAUUUCUAUUUCAUAUUAACAUGAAGCUGCCACAUAAACGGGGUAAGUAAUUCAAAAAUAUUUCAAAAGGGAUAACAUUUUUUUGUCUAUCAAAAUCAAUUUUAAUAAAAAACUUCGUUCUCCAUUUGCUUGGAUAAAUCAUCCAUAUAUCAAUUUCGAUUUUAGAUGUGGCUCUUAGCAUAUGAUUGGAAAAAUUUUAAUAAGCAGCUGAUCCACUAUAUCGCUUGUUUGCUGCAACAUUGACAUAACUCAAAAUUUGCACAUUUAAGAAAAACAAAAAAAAAAAAAAAUGCACAAUUUUUGCUACGAAUCCUUUUUACAUUUGGAAUUUUCAUUUCAAUAAAAUUACCAUCUGAUUUAAGAAAAGUGAUUUUCAAUUCGGAAUUACACUAAUUUCAAAUUAAGAAAAAUGAUUUGUCAUGAAAUAUUUUUAUUGAAUAGGAUUAGCGCAAUUGAUUCAACUAUCUUAACUUGUUAAACUAUUCAAGUCUCUAUAACUAUUUUAAACCUAGCCCAUUUAUUUCUUUCAAAUUAUUUUAACCUGCUAAAAUCAAUUAUGUAUAAGAGUAAAGAUUUUAUAAAUAGUGUAAAUGUACAUGUAAAGUAUUCUAAAAUAAUUCUUUCAAAUUACUAUAUUACAUAUGAUAUUAAAUUUUCUGUAUAAGUACAUAUAAAAAUAAUAAUAAUAAU